AUGACGAUGAUGAAUUUACGGAAACGCCGAGCAUAUCAGAAUGACUGUGACCAUUAUGGACUCCAUUUUUUUAGGUAUGGCUUUCCAAAUGACAAUUGUGAUCAUGCCAGUGUGCGAAUUUUCGAUGGUCCCAUCGCAUCCUCUAGCCAGCUCGGUGACACGCUGUGCGGUACAGACAGACCAUCACUGGUUCUUUCCUCCGGGAGCAGCUUAAGGAUGAGAUUACAAACAUCCGGGGAUUUCAGUGUCUUCGACUUCAGAGCCAUCUACACUGCGUUUUCAGAGAAUACGUCGUGUUCAUCGUUCACGUGUACGACGACGGGUCGGUGCAUCGACUCGACCGUGACGUGUGACAGGCAGGGGUAUGGCAACUGCGGCGAUGAGGACUUCAGCGACCAGGAUGAAGGCAACUGCCCCGUAAUCUACACGUCACCCGACCUCCGCCCUCUUCUAUACGCGGCCCUCGCCCUCAUCCUCCCCUUCCUGUUCCUCCUCUACCUCUGUUUCUGGAGACCCGGCUACAUGGUAUGGGCCUGUGGUUGCUGGCGACGCCGAAGUUUGAGCGACUGUGGAUGGUGCUGCCCCGUUCGAAGUCGAGGGCUGUGUCGUCGAAUAUGCACCUGUGGUCGACGAGCAACGAAGAUGAACUCGGUCGGCAAUAUACGAGAAGGCAGGAAAAUGCGCAGAGAGAAAAUGUUGUAG